GCGAGCGCGGCCGCGCGCAUUCCAAUUUUAAAAUUAUUAAAAAAGUUUUAAUCGAAACAGCCAGUGUUCACAUUUGUUCACGAAAAUAGGCGUUUAUUUUUUAUUUCGUAAGUGAUUAGUGUGUGUUAUUGUACAGCCAAUUGGAGUUUUAAUAAAUUGAAGGAGAUCACUUGCAUUGCAUCAUUUUAAGAAAACUAACUCCUCUACUUCAAUGAGAAGAUGUAGUUUUUCAACCUUUAUCCACUGUAUACGAAAGAACAUAAAUAAAUUAAAUGAAAAAAAAUUGCUGACAACAUAAAACAAAGACAUUUGAAGAACAAGUACCUACAUAAAAACAAUAAAAUGACUUUUGAAGAACAACUCCAUAAAAUAAAUAAAAGAAGAUAAAGACCUAAACAACACAGUAAUACCCACCUGAAAUAAGGAUAAUAAAUAAUUAAUAUCAGUUUUUAAUCAGAAAAAUAAGUUUUAUAAAUCAGAUGAAUCACUGCCAGCCACCUAAAGCAUCAUAACUUCGCGACAAUUCCCAAGAAACGGAAGACAGUCAAGUGAUGUUCCCACGAAAUGUGUUAAGCUCGCAAUAAAAGUUUACAAGAGCCAAGAUGUCGACGAGCAAUGAGUUGAGUGAGGUGGAGUCGAAGAUCCGGAUGAAGCCGGCUGUGACCAGGAUAUUCUGCUGCAGUGUCACGGCCGCUGCUGGUUUUAUAGCUGCUUACGCUUUGGUCGCGUACGCAAUAGCCCUAAUCUACGAAGUAGUAUGGGUGGUGGAGUCUCAGAACGGUCUGCCUAUCCCGUCGGCACUGCUCAUGCUGUGCUACGUCAUCGUCAUCGCGGCCACCGUCAUUCUUGUGCAUGGUUUGAUCGCUAAAAACAACCGCUGCCUCCUCUCGUGGCUGAUCGCAGUCAUAUUGGUGCUCAUCCCGGAGUGUGCGUUAGUCUUCUACAUGUCCAUAUGCCAUUGGGGUCUCCAAGGAGUGUACGGCGGCGCGGAGCUGGCGUGCUACGUGGCGCGGCUGCCCGCCGUCGUGUGCGGCGUGGUGCUGGUGCAGUCGGCGUACGCGCUGAGAGAAGCUAGAAAAGCCGGUUAUAGUAAUGGGGCGGCGGUAGGCAGCGGCAGCGAGUUCGACGCGAGCCACUUCGUUCCCGACGCGCCCACAGCAUUCGCCAAUGAUGGGUUUAUGCCCGAUUCUGGGAAAUCAGGCUCCAUGCCGGACUUGCGGCGCCACCUAGCGAGUCGGCAGUCGAUGAGCAUGGGCUUCCCCCCCAUGAUGUUGCCGCAGCCCCCGCCGGCCUACUGGCAACACGUCGCCGAGCGACAGUACGCAGCCAGCCUCCGGGGGCUCCCCAAGUCCUACCCCGUCCCGCAAAUGUACGGCACUUGGGUAGGACCUAGAUCCGGACCAUAUGAAAACCCCUACAAAAGGAGACACUCCGUGGUCGGUGCCUUCACAGAUGAAUACCCGGCUAAAUACGAUAUGUACGAAGACAGAGCGGAUUGCAAGAGCGAAAUAGCAUAUCCGUAUUAUCGCUCCUAUCCAUAUGAACAAAGAAUGUAUCCGCCAGAGUAUGAUCCAAGGUUUUACCCGGAUUAUAAGCGGGAAGACGCGUCGUAUGGUGUGAAUUUGUUAAGACAUGAACCUUAUCGUUUCAGUGGGUCUAGAGAGAGAGUGUUCUAUGGUAUUAGAAAUAGUCAUACGUCUGUUGGCAAUGAAUCUGAUGAUUUAGGGAAAUAUAAAGAUGUGGCGCUGUAAUGAAAUACUUAAUCGUGUUAGAGUUGUGAUGUGAUUAUAAGUGUAAAUGUAUAAAGGAAUUUUCAGUCAAGAGUCCAUACAGUGUUAUGUUUAAAAUGAGAUGAUUUCGUUAAGGAGUGCUCUUCUUAAAAAAAGUGAUACAUAGAUCGGAAAUCGGUUACAUAGCCACCUUUCCAUGUCGGUUAAAUCCUGUAACACCCACCCCCUAUCAGAGUAAAACAAAAGUCACAGAAUUUUAUAAGUUAUCGUUAGAAGCUACUGAACUUAAAAUUGUAACGAAGUUGUCAUACUUUCUGACUAUCAUACUUGUCUAUACAUUAGAAUAAACUAUGUACCUAUCUUAUACCUUAUACCUACCUGUCUACCUAUAUUUAAAUCAUUAUCGGUGAAGUAACUAAAAAACCACCGACACAAUUACUUGAUAAUUAAGAAACAAAUUGUUGUGUAUAUUUGGUGCUUCAUAUAUUUUUAUCUAUCAAAUAGUUUAGUAGAUAAUGCAAUAAAUUUCAACCUAUAUAGGUACCUACGUUAGCCUUCUACAUAAUGUAACUUGGCUUUAAUAAAUAUUUGUACAUUUAGGUUACCUAAUAACCAAAGUUUUAAGAGUUAAUUUAAUUAAUCUUAAUAAAAUUUGAAUUGGAGUCACUAUUUCAUAAUUAUUUUUGAUAUAAAUUAUAACUG